ACGAUUUUCACCCCACAAGUCGUGCCUUAUACGAAGGCUGUAUUCCAUUUCCGUCACGCUUCCUCUUUUACUCCCCAAAAAUAAAUUCUCCCGCCAUUCGAGAAAACAAGAAAUAGAAAGUGGAAAAGGCUACGCAUUCGAUCGAGUCGUGAUCGGAUGCCGGACGCAGCCAUGGAUCUUCCGGUCGUCGAUCUUGCCCCAUACAUCGAGAUAUCUGCCAAUAACAACGGUGGCGAUCUGACGGUGGAGGUGCGGGAGCUUUGUUCGCAGGUGAGCAGGAGUUUGAGAGAGACGGGAGCUCUUCUGGUAAAGGAUCCUAGGUGUUCGACGGAGGACAAUGAUCGGUUUCUCGAUAUGAUGGAGCGCUAUUUCGAGAAGUCCGAUGAGUUCAAGAGGAAACAGGAGAGACCUGAACUCCAUUACCAGGUUGGUGUUACACCUGAAGGAGUAGAGGUUCCACGCAGCCUAAUAGAUGCAUUUUUGCAAGAAAAGAUAAGAAUGAUGCCGCCUGAUUCGCAACCAUCCAUUCCGACUACAAAAGAUCCUAAAUGGCGUUAUAUGUGGAGAGUGGGUCCUCGACCCAAAAAUACUCGCUUUAAGGAACUAAAUGCUGAACCAGUAAUACCUGAAGGGUUCCCUGAAUGGAAAGAAACCAUGGAUUCAUGGGGUUCCAAAAUGAUAUCUGCUAUUGAGGUUGCUGCAGAAAUGGCUGCUAUUGGAUUUAACCUUCCAAAGGAUUCAUUCACAUCAUUGAUGAAACAGGGUCCUCACUUGCUUGGUCCAACUGGAAGCAACCUCCAACGUCAUGGCUUUGAGGGAACUGUGUUUGCUGGAUAUCAUUAUGACCUCAACUUCUUAACAAUUCAUGGUAGGAGCAGAUUCCCUGGUCUUAAUAUCUGGCUAAAAAAUGGACAUAAAGUUGAAGUUAAGGUCCCUGUGGGUUGCCUUCUCAUCCAGUCAGGAAAACAGUUAGAAUGGCUUACUGGAGGUGAAUGCUUGGCUGGGAUGCAUGAAGUUGUUGUAACUAAUAGAACUCUUAGCGCCAUUGAAAUUGCAAGGCAGCAGAACCGCAGCCUAUGGAGGGUUUCUUCAACUCUAUUUGCACACAUUGCUUCUGAUGUGGUGCUAAAGCCUUUAGGUCACUUUGCAGAAGCGCCAGAUGCAAGCAGAUAUCCUUCCCUCUAUGCAGGGGAUUAUGUAGAACAAGAACUUUCAGCAAUCAAUCUUAAAGGAAGCAAGACAGUUCUACUAGGCUAAGUUUGGUAAAGCUAAACUAGCCAAAAAUCUAUAAUAAUUACUUGUUAUUAUGGAAAUUCAAUGAUUAUUGACGUUGUUCCUAUACCUGAAACAUGAAUAAUUUUAAUAUUAUGAUCUCAUUGCCUUCUUGCUU